AGGCGUGUACGUAGCGUCGGUUGUUGGAGCAAGGUCUUUACAUCCCCUCCCUGCUGAAAGCGUGCGUUGUGUUUCUGCACGUCCAACUCGUACAACCCCGAAUUUUCGUAUCUUCUUUCGACCGCGUUCCAAUCUUCGUCUUCUUCCGUUUCCCGGUGUUUUUUGGAACCGAGCUACCGACGCAAUGGAACGCGACAAGGCAUCCGAUCAGCUCAAGGAAUACAAGGAGACUCACAAGCCGGAGCCCCUGACCACUUCGUGGGGUGCCCCUGUCGGCGACAAGACCAAUGUGCUCACCGCUGGACCGCGAGGUCCUGUACUGCUUCAAGAUGUUGUCUUCCUGGAUGAAAUGGCACACUUUGACAGGGAGCGCAUUCCGGAGCGUGUCGUCCAUGCCAAGGGAGCCGGAGCCUUCGGCUACUUCGAGGUGACCCACGACAUCACCAAGUACACCAAGGCCUCCAUCUUCAGCCAGAUUGGCAAGAGGACUCCCAUGGCUGUGCGCUUCUCCACCGUCGGUGGAGAGAGUGGGUCGGCCGAUACCGUCCGUGACCCUCGCGGCUUCGCUGUCAAGUUCUACACUGACGAAGGCAACUGGGAUCUAGUGGGCAACAACACACCCAUCUUCUUCAUCCGGGACCCGUUCCUCUUCCCAAGCUUCAUUCACACCCAAAAGCGGAACCCAGCCACCCAUCUGAAGGAUGCCGACAUGUUCUGGGACUUCAUCAGCCUUCGCCCAGAGACCACGCACCAAGUGAUGUUCCUCUUCUCUGACCGUGGUAUCCCCGAUGGCUACAGGCACAUGAAUGGCUACGGCUCGCACACCUUUAAGCUGGUCAAUGCCAAGGGCGAAUCGUUCUACUGCAAGUUCCACUACAAGACUGACCAGAAAAUCAAGAACCUGCCUGUGGAGAAGGCCGAUGAGUACGCGUCCAAGGAUCCUGACUAUUCCAUUCGGGACCUGUACAACGCCAUUGCCAACAAGCAGUACCCUUCUUGGACCUUCUACGUCCAAAUCAUGAGCUUCGAGCAGGCAAAGACGUGGAAGUACAACCCCUUCGACUUGACCAAGGUGUGGCCCCAUGGAGAGUUCCCCCUGAUCCCCGUCGGCAAAAUGGUGCUGGACCGCAACCCCAAGAACUACUUCUCUGAAGUGGAGCAGAUCGCCUUCUGUCCCGCCAACCUUGUGCCGGGCAUCGAGCCAAGUCCAGACAAGAUGCUUCAGGGUCGUCUGUUCUCCUACAGCGACACGCACAGGCACCGCCUUGGGCCCAACUUCAUGCAAAUUCCAGUGAACUGCCCCUACAAGGCACGCACAGCCAACUACGAGCGUGAUGCAUUCAUGACUGUGAAGGAACAAGAUGGAUGCCCGAACUACUUCCCAAACAGCUUCUCUGGUCCGUUGGAUAACCCCAAGAUGAAGGAGCCGAAGUUUGAAAUUCAUGGAGAUGUUGACCGCUGGAACAGUGCCGACGAGGACAACUUCUCUCAGCCAGGAAACUUCUGGAAGAUGCUGAGUGCCGAGGAGAGGGACCGCCUUACCUCUAACAUCGCCAACCACCUGAAGGAUGCUCAGGACUUCAUCCGCCAGCGGGCCGUCACGAACUUCACCAAGGCACACCCCGAUUGCGGUGGCCAGAUCGCUAAGAAGCUUGAGAAGCUCGUGCAGCGCUCCUCCAGCAACCUGGCUAGUGCAAAACUCUGAAGACCCGAUCAUCUACUACACGAGCCCUUCACUGGGCAACUUCAUUCUGGGAGACGGUACAUAUAGGCCUUAAUCUGCUACCAAUAACUGUCACUGCUACACCGGUGCUGUGUCACGCUACUCACAAGCACCGCCGUUGUGGCAUCCUUUACUUAACUUGUUUGUUACAGUUCUCUUUUUCUUGUUGCUGGUCAAUAAACAUUUGUGUUGUUUAUACCUUUCA